AUGGAAUCGACAACUAAACCACCGUUGCCAUACCGACAGCUGAUCCCAAUUUUCAUCGCCCGGUUAACUAAUCCUCUUGGUGUGGCUGUGAUAUACCCGUUUCUCGUUCCAAUGGUAAAGCAAUUGAGCGGGCACAGUGAUCAAGAGCAUGUGGGUUAUUACACAGGCCUAAUGUCGGCCGCUCCCGGCAUUGGCUUAAUUAUUGGAUCAAUACCAUGGGGUGCUCUUUCUGAUUACAUCGGACGACGCAAGGUGUUGCUAAUGUCAUUCAUGGGACCUAUCAUUGGAUGUCUCCUUCUUGGUUUAUGCCGUUCUAUAUGGUGGGCCAUCGCUGCACGAGGCAUCUUUGGCUUUCUUGAUAACAGCCUUGGUGUUAUCAUCAGUAUGCUAGCUGAGAUCACCAAAAACAAUACUGAAGAUCAACGUGCGAUGGUAAUGUCUCUUACGUCAAUCGGGUAUGGUGUGGGCAUUUGUGUGGGCCCACUUGUAGGAUCAUUUUUGAUGGACCCUGUCAACCAAUAUCCUGGACUAUUUCACCAUGAUGGUCAAAUCAAGACGUUCCUGGUUACAUAUCCUUUCUUUCUACCUUGCUUCUCGAUCGUGCUUUACUCACUUUUUGCUGGUUUCAUCACCUUUUUCUUUGUUGAAGAGACAAUGGAGGAUACAAAGAAACACCAACACAAUGAAGAGCCAGCCACAUUCAUCGAAGAGACGCGUGUCAAGCGUUACAGCACUUUUGAGUCCCCACAUAAACACACCAUGCAACGGCAACUACCUCGUCAAAACAUGAUCCAAUUCGAUUGCUCUAUUUUCCAACGCAUGCGUUUAGCUUUGACUCCUCCAGUGGCUCAUGCAAUUUCAAAGAGCUUUUUGGCCGUAUGUGCCUACUUGGCCUUCGAAGUACUAUUUAUUGUUUAUGCUACAUGCGAGAUACCUUUGGGUGGUCUCGGAUUUGAUCCGGUCGAAAUUGCCGCUGCCAUGUCUUACCUUGGGAUGAUCAAAACCUUCUCACUUGCAAUCGUUGUCCCCUUUUUGGUCAGGUGUUUCGGUUCUGUGAGACUUGUUUGGAUUGUAUUUAUCAUUUUGUCAUUGUGCUACACGUUACUUGGCAUGGUGCAUUACUUUGAUGUUAUGGAUACACCGAUGGUCAACUACGCUGUGUGGAUCAGCCUCAUUGGAUUGCUGACGCCCAUCGCUUCGCUUUCAAGCUCAACAAUGACGGUCUCCAUUGUCCUUGUCAAUAAUGCAGCAAGGAAAAAUAGUCCUAGUUUGCUGGGCACCACCAAUGGUUUGGAGCAAUUUGCUGUGCAAUGCGGAAGGGUGGUAGGUUCGACUGCACCUACCCUAUUUUGGGGAAUGUUUCAAGAUGCAAGUUGGAUCCCAUCCUCUUCGCGAAGCACCUUUCCCUGGGGCGUCCUUGCUAUUUUUAAUAUAGCAAUUGCUAUUUGGGGUGUGCGAAUGAAUCCCAAAGAUUAUGAAGAUAAUGAUACCCAAUCGAAGAACGCUGCCAAUGGCUGUCAACGGGAUAACAAUAAUGCUUAA